ACAGCUCUAUACACUCUUUGUAUUUGUGAUUCUUUCCUUAUUUCAAUGGUUGUAGUCUAUCAUUCAUUAGAAGCUUGUUCAAUUCUUUUAUUGGGCACUAAUGUUAUGUGGGACGAACAAAACAGUGUUCUCAUAACUCAUGGUAUUGUUAGUGCAGCGACUACUUCUUCUACUUUACUUGUUGUCUUCAUAACUUUCCGACGUUUUUUGGUUGUUUGGUGGCCUUUAAAAUAUGCCAGAAUACGCGAACCUAAAAGAAACGAUCAACUUCAAAAAUCUUUUUCUUCAAUGGAAGAAGCUUGCACAGAAAAUAGUGGAAUAUUUAAAAGUGGGGGGUUAGCAAGGAGUUUCUCUAAAAGAUUUUUGUCUACAUCGACAACAUACAAAAAACCGAAUAUUCGAAAAAUUUUGCAUCCGUUUAUUUUUCCAAGUAAUUUUCUUAAAAAUAUAGUAGAACCUCUAUAUAAGAUACCCUCCAAUAUUGGAUACACCUCUAUUUAAGGGACGUUCAGUUAGAAUGUGGUUGAACCAAGGGGUUUGGGAGUUGCUUAGGCGAUACUUCCUAUUUAAGAUACAUACCCCUUAUUAUAAGAGACACCUCGUUAUAAGAGACCCUCACUAUAAGCGACCCCUCAAUAUUAAAUACACCU